AUGCGUGAUAAUGAUGAGAAAGUGGAUGCUCAUGCAAUGCAUGGUUAUGGUUAUGGUUAUCUAUUACCAUGGAUGGCUCAUUGGAAUCAUACAAAUUACAUGUCAGCUGUAAAUCCUGGCUCGAGUGGUUUGAGUGUUGGACCGGAGGUCAGAUCAGAUCGAUCCGGGGAUGUUGUUGGGGUAGUUGGAGAGGCAACCGAGGCCACAAUGGUUGGUUUUGGUUCCGAACCAUCUUUCCGCAAGGAAGAUGGAAAGUCUGGAACACAAUCAUGCUCGGUUGAUGACAAAGGUUCUCUGAGCAGAGUUAGGUGGCCAUUAGUAUCUGCUCCUCGUAAAGUAGAAACUUCAAUAGAAAAGUGUCAAUUAUUGUCUCAAAGAGUGCCAAUUGGAUCCUUGACGGAUACUGAACCAACGAACUUAACUCUUUUCACACCGGUAAAAUCAUCUUCUGACAUAGUACCCACAAAUGUAUGCGACAAAGGAAAAUCUGCGAUGAAUGAAGUUACAGGUGGACCGCGCGAAAUAUAUCCAUCGAGCUACAAUUCAGCAUCCCAAGAACAUUACACAAACACUAAAUUUCAUAGUUAUUCUGUUCCCCAUGUCCCUGAGAAGCAGAUGAGUAGCCUGUUAGACCAUCAACGAUUUUCCCUUUCAAGAUUGAUGCGAGGCAGCUUCACUCAUUUUCCGCACGAUCCCAUAGCUGACAGUGAUGACAACGGAUGCAAUGUUGUUGGUAGUCUGCACCACAAGAUUCAAAAUUUAAUUGAUAAUCCAAACAUUACAAACCAGACUUCACUUUUGGAGUCAACUAAACCACAGAAUUUUUACUCUUCGGUAGAGCAAGUGCCACAAUCUGUCUAUGGUGUGAAGGAUGCAAGUAAAUACACCAAUGUAGAUUCCGUAAAAAAAUUAUCAAGAGGUCUUCCCAACGUUUCCCAAGCAACACAUCGUUUUUUGAUGUCGAAAAUUCCUGGUGUUAAUUUAUCAGACAAAGGUCAGUUUUUUAGAGAGUCAGUGCCACCUACAAAAUUCAAAGGAAAUAAUUUCAAUGAGAUACUUGAUUUAUCUCCGAAUCCACCCGCAAGUGACCGUGCUAAACUAGAAACUCUAGGGAGUACGGUAAAAAGUGAAGGGAAGGAAAAUGUUCCCGGUUUCAAAUGUCCAACUAGCGUGACGAAUGGAUCAACUCCUGAACCCGACACUAUGGACAUUGGUACUUCACAUGAGAAUAAUAAUCUUCCAGGCGAAGCUCCAAUGCCAUCAAAUAAGGGCUCCAAGGAUAGUCAAAACUCACUCUCAACUCUAGGUGCAGCAACUUCUGCUAGAGGGAAAAGCCUAGAGAAGUCUGGGAAUAUAAACAAAGAGCCCCACGAACUGCUCACUCUGGCCAGUCCCAUGGUUGACAUUGAGACUAGCACAUCAAGAACUCGUAGCCUUGAUGUGGAUCAACUGUUUUCUCACGAAAAAGGACAUGCAGCGUCAAAAUCUAGCAAUAGUUCUUUGGGAUCAGACCCAAGUAGCAGAUGGGUCAAACGGCUCAAGUUAUGCUCAUCAGAACAUGCUCUUGGCACCAAGAGUGAAAAUAUUGGAGAAACUUCACAUGUAAAACUAACUAAUAUUUUCAGCAAAACUAAUUUGGAAGAGGAAACGGAAUAUAAUGAUGAAGGUCACGCUGAAGCCGAAGGACAGGCGGUACUAGAACCAUUAUCAAACGUCGAAGCGAAGGAAGCUGUAGAAAUUACACUUUCGCAUCCUUGGAUUCAGAGAUGGAGAAAUCGGUCUGCUUGUUCUAAAAAGAGGCAUGAAACAGUUGAGAAUCGUGAUUCAAAGUCUUCAAUCAGUGUGGCAGGAGAGUUAAAAAACAAGCCGUUUCCAAGCGUUGGUGCCAUGGCCCUAAUGGGAAAGGCAAUGAAUAGUUUGAAUCCCUCCGAGCUUACGAAAAAGGGACAUGUGAUAGUUUGGAACAUGAAGGGGCUUUGA